CAUGAGCACAGUUACUAUGUAUUCACCAACAUAAGUUUCAUCUGUUAGCGGGUAUCCAUUCCAUCAUACAAGUGUAAAAAGCAUCGUAGGCAUGAUUCCAUACUACUGGUAGUCAAGAUUAACAUCAGGCUGAUGCGCUCUUGCAAAACACGGGAGGGAUGAGCGGUAAUGGUUGAUUCUGGAUACCUGCUACUCAGCUCCUCAAACAUGACUGCAGCGCCCAGGACAAUACACGUGGCAGAACUACCCAGCGCAGAAAAUAUGGUAUUUCGCGAUUCUUUAUUUUUUAAGAAAAAUGGGCAUGACCUUCCGUCGCCGAAGGAGAUUCGAGAAAAGGAUAUCGAAAUCAAUAGCUUUCGCGCACGAUCACCAAGGCCUCCACCGAUCCUGUUCGAAGAACUGGGACUUGUCGUCAAAUAUGGCUCGGAGAUCACAAUAGCCGAAGCACAGUGCCUGUGGUAUUUCAACAAAUACAUGAAAGAUGCAGUGCCUACGCCGGAAUUGUACGGGUGGUGCCAUGAUGACGGCGAGACAUUCAUCUAUAUGGAGUUUGUCAAUGCCGACACACUAGAAGACGUGUGGCCAUCACUUAAUCAAGAAGAUCAAAACAUAAUUUGCGAUCAGCUCCAUACGUCCGUGGAGGCAUGGCGCAGUCUCCGUCAGGAGACGGAACCAUACUAUGUCGGCCAUAUCGGACGUCAAGGAGUAGGCGACAUUAUCUUCAGUGAUGCAGGUGACCCGCAGGCCGGCCCGUUCGAAGGCAUAACGCAAUUUCAUGAUUUCUUUGCGCGUUACUCUUGCCGCCAGCACCCGGACUGGAAUCCGCGGCGUGACUUUCCCGAGUUGGCCGGCUUGACGGAUGACAGACCGGUGGUAUUUACGCAUAGCGAUCUAGAUAAGAGUAACAUACUCAUCUUUCCGAGGGAUGGAGAAUCUCCACCUCGCGUCGCCGCCAUUAUUGACUGGCACCAAUCAGGAUGGUACCCGAGCGAUUGGGAAUGGCUCAAAGCGGAAUCGAGGUGCGAGCCUUUUUGGGAAGGGGGUCGGGAUACGGCCUGGCUAUUGCGGAUCAUGACGCCGGCAGACAAAAACUACCAAGCAGCUUGGGAAUUCAUUACUGGCUCUUUGGGCUUCUAGAUCUACUCAAGUAAGAAUACAUUAAUACAAAAAUCGUUGCUUAUAUCAAUGAUUAACCUACAAUUCAGAGAGGAGGUAGAUAUUGUGCCACUUCAAGGCUCAGCGCUUAGGGGAUCGGCUCUCCUACUAAGUAACUUCUCUAUCUUAGCUUUUUAUCAUAGUCACUUAUAUAAAAACUAACGCUUAAGUGUUUUCAA